AUGGCGACAGUACCCCCAUUUUUCGUGGUGAGACGUGUACUACACUUUUCAGCGAAGGGGUAAACACCAGGACUAUUUUAUUCUUUUCAUUUCUUUUCAUGCCCCACCUUCCUCCUGCGGUGCGUGCUGAAUUAUUUUUUUAUCGCGAGAAGGGUCCAGCCGUCCCUUUCCCUCGUCAACGGUGCUAACGUCGAAGUUUGGUACUCACGAGAGCUUGUCAGCUAUAUUUCGCUUUCACCCGCACAUUUCGUAAAUUUUUCAUCCCAUGGGGAUUC